AUGGCAUUCCCUCAUCUUUGCUCUGAGACAGGGCGCCGAGUAAGGGGGUUCUCGUUCGUUUCGGUACUUUAUUUCUUUGCCCUGCUUACGCAGGUCUCUGCUUGGGGCCCGCGCAAGUCAGAUCACGGGCCCCCAGGUCACUAUGGAGGUCGACAGAAGCAUGGUGCCAGCUUUACGCCGGACUUUGUGUUGAAAAUGACCUACGAAAACGUCUCAAUUGGUUGCCAGACAAGAAUGUCGGCCCUGAUCAAUGGCACAUUGUUCGGGCCGACGCUCAGACUCAAGCCUGGGCGAAGAAGUUGGAUCAGAGUCUACAAUGAUAUGCCAGACCAUAAUGCAACCAUCCACUGGCAUGGUUUGAGCAUGCGCAUGGCACCUUUCUCUGAUGGUAGCCCAUCCGCCACCCAGUGGCCUAUUCCACCUGAUCAUUUCUUCGACUACGAGGUCUACCCCCUACGAUCCGAAUCCGGUACCUACUUCUACCAUUCUCAUGUCGGCUUCCAGGCUAUGACAGCUUCUGGCCCACUGAUCAUUGAGGACAAGGCCGAGCCCCCCUAUGUAUAUGAUGAGGAGAGGAUUGUCUUCCUCACCGACUACUUCAACAAAACGGACACCGUUAUCGAGAAGGGCCUCGUGGCAACGCCUUUCACCUGGUCUGGCGAAACGAAUGCGGUCCUCAUCAACGGCGUCGGAGUCUCUGUUGGGGAGACUGCCGGAAAUGGAAACUGCAAGCUACCAGUCAUCGACGUGGAGCCUGGAAAAACUUAUCGCAUGCGCUUCAUUGGUGCUACGGCAUUGUCCAUGGUGCAAGUAGGCAUCGUGGAUCAUGACAACUUUACCAUCAUCGAAGCUGAUGGUCACUAUACCAAACCUCACACUGAGAAGUUCAUGCAAUUGACUUCGGGUCAGCGUUUUGAUGUCAUCUUCAAGACUAAAACCGAGGCAGAGUUAAACGGGAAAACCGACUACCUUAUUCAGUUGGAGACCAAAGACCGUCCGAAGGUGUACCAGGGCUAUGGCGUACUACGAUACUCCAAGGCACAACCGCAGAUUACAACAGCUCCAGUCACUCCUCCUCUGACACUUUCCAACAAGACGUAUGAAUGGGCAGAGUAUGCCUUGGAACCGUUGGUACCAAACAAUUUCCCCCAGGCUAGCGAAGUAACUCGGCAAAUUCACAUCGAUAAUCGUCAACUCGCGACCCAGACCACCCUUUGGCAGCUCAACGGACUGCAAUGGAACGAGACUUCGACGCCUUAUGCGGGAGAUCAGCCCUACCUGAUCAACAUCUACGAGAACGGGCCGUCUGCCAUUCCGAACUACACUGCCGCCAUGAACAACAACGGCUGGGAUCCGACUACGUUGACAUGGCCGGCAAAGAUGGGCGAGGUUCUCGAGAUUAUUUGGCACAACACUGGAUCACUGGUCAAUGGCAAUGGUGGCCUCGACUUCCAUCCCUUUCAUGCUCAUGGCGGACAUUACUGGGACAUUGGCAGUGGCAAUGGAACUUACAAUAGCACCGAGAACGAGGAGCGGCUGAAGAACUACAAUCCAGUCAAGCGAGACACAACAAACCUUUAUCGAUAUGGCGAGAAGACAAAGUCUGGCGAUGUUUCCGGGUGGAGAGGCUGGCGUCUACGUGUGGAGGACGCCGGUGUAUGGAUGAUUCACUGUCAUAUUUUGCAACACAUGGUUAUGGGCAUGCAGAGUGUUUGGGUCAUGGGAGAUUACCAAGACAUUACCGGCAUUCCCGCUGUUGAUGCGGCUGGAUAUUUGCAGUACGGAGGAAACGUUAAUGGCAACGCCACUUUCGCACCAUCAGUCGAGCCGCACACGUUCUACAAGGCAGCCUCACUCUUUUUGAUGAUCUCUCUUCCUCUACGAGAGAAAGCCUUCAUGCAAUUAAUCCACGGUUACAAUGCGCUCUGCGCCUCCCAUAUUGGGCUGUUUUCUGCUUUUGUUGCAUCUCGAACCAUCUAUAACAUUUAUUUCCAUCCUUUAAGCCGCUACCCUGGGCCUCGACUUUGGGCCGCUUCUCGACUACCAUGGAACAUUGUCAACCUUCAAGGCAACCUCGCUUGGAAAAUCCGCGAGCUCCACGAAAAGUAUGGCUCAGUUGUCAGAAUUGCACCUGAUGAGCUGUCUUACACGAGUUCUACGGCCUGGAAAAAGAUAUAUGGUCAGAGGUCACCAGAGUUUGCGAAAUGUUUUGACGGAAGGGGGAUCGCUGGGCCUAGUGUAACUAACCCAGCGAUUCGCAAUGGCGGCAUCGUGACGGCCGAGCAGGAGCCUCACUCUCGACUUCGUAAGGCAGUUUUGCCAGCCUUCAGCGACCGUGCACUAAGAGAGCAGGAGGAUAUCCUCCAGCUUUACGCAGGGAAAUUGAUGAAACAACUACGAUUCUCUAGCGAGAACGGAGCUCCUCAGGACAUGGUCAAAUGGUUUAGCCUUGCUGCCUUUGACAUCAUUAGCGACCUGGCAUUUGGACAGGCGGCUGGGUGUCUAGACGAUGCAUUCCAACCAUGGUUGCAAGUCAUUGGUGCUCGAGCGCAGGGAAUUGUCCGAUACCAGUUCGCUAUCUACUAUGGACUUGAAGCCUGGCUAGAAUGGCUCGCCCCAAAGGCCCAAAAGCUGGCUCUGAAGAGACAUGGCGAGUUGACUGCCGGCAAAGUCAAACGCCGACUUCAACAAUCCGAGAAUAAGAGAGAUUUUAUGAGUUACAUCUUAGAAAACCCACAAGCUGACCUCAGCAAUGCCGAUUUGGUCAGGAUGGCGUCAGCUUUCAUUGUCGCCGGCAGUGGCACCACAGCCACUGCACUUUCUGGCAUCACCUUCUACUUGUGUAGCAAUCCAAAGACGCACACGGCACUAUCGGAAGAGAUCAGAACCGCAUUUCAGACCGAAGAUGAGAUCUCAAUGGCAUCGACAGGGGAGUUGAAGUAUCUUAAGGCAGUCAUCGAAGAAGGGCUGAGGAUAUAUCCCCCCAGCCCAAGCGCUCUGCCGAGAUUUGUGCCUGGAAGCGGUGAGGAGAUUGAUGGGAAAUGGGUUCCUGGGGGCACGGCAGUUGGCGUUCAUCAGCUUUCCGCUGGUCACUCGGAACAGAAUUGGACUAAUUCAAGGGAGUUCAUUCCAGAGCGAUGGCUAGAAAAGAGCGACAUAUGUAUGUUUGCCAACGACGAUAAGUCUGCGAGUCAGCCGUUUUCUUAUGGUCCUAGAAACUGUAUAGGCAAGAGCAUGGCCUAUGCAGAGCUGCGCAUAAUAUUGGCCAAGUUGAUUUGGAAUUUUGAUCUAGAACUGACGGAGGAGUCAAAGAAAUGGACUUUGAGACAAAAGACGUACCUGAUCUGGCAGAAACACAUAGUCAUUGACCGUGGCUUGACGACUUGGCAGAAAUAG